UGCCCAAAAAUUUGACAAUAUUGCGAAUUUCCACAUAAGGAUUAUUGUUUACAUAAUAAUUGUAGUGUUUUAUUAACAAAUAGUUAGUUUCAUAGUUUUUCAACAGUGUUUCGAUUUAUUUAUUCACCGUGGAUCCCGAAGCGUGCGAAGUGGCGGGCGGCGAGAGUUGGCGAGGCGUCGCCCGCUCGCCUUCCCGAGAGUCUGUCACCACGGACCUGUCGCUGUUUAGCGUCUCCAGUGCCGCCAGCGAUGCGAGAGCUCUUAGACUACUCGCCUGCAAGGCUGGUCAAGGGCCGGAUCCGAACCUGCGAGUGGCUAGUCCACAUCCAGAGAGCAAGUUACAAAAACGGCCGUCAUCAGGCCUCCCCCUGCACACAGCGGACGCCUGCAAGUCCCUCCUAGCGGGCUGUGCUGCCCUCUGCGCAGCCCUAGGGCUCCGACGGUCACUUAGCGCCGAUGACGUCACAGCUGACAAGCCGCGCCCGCCACGAAGCGCAACGUCAGAGGUGGGCUUUGCGCGGCGCUCGAAGCCCUCACGCUGAGUUCUGCCUCCCGUUCUUGCAGCACCUGGGUCGCAGUGGGUGGAUCUCAGCUACCCUCCCCGCAGCGCGCAAGUGUCCAACCCGCACAGCGACUACUCUCUGACAACAAGAAGAUACGUCAGAACUACAUAAAGCGACGGCUGCUGACUACCUACAAGGCUCUGGAAAGGAUGUCGCAAUCAGAGUUCAAUCUGGACAAACUUGAGGCGGCGGCGGUGGCCUCAGCAUUGUCUGGUGGCGGCGGCGCGGGCCCCACCGUGCUGGCCGUGCCCCCGGUGCCCACCAUACACACGCGCUUCGUGCAUCCCGAAGCGUGCGCGCUCGCGCUUGACGGCGGCGGACCUGGAGCGCGAGCGCGGCCGCCCACUCAGCAAGUACGAGCGCAACAUGAUGAUCUUCAACUGGCUGCACACGCUAGACGACCAGGCACCCUUCUAGACACACUAGUAACUAUAACGUUCGAUACAUUACCUCUAAAUUGUACCGAAUAGCUGCAAAAUGGGUAAUUUUUAAGAAAAAAGGAAAAAUGGGGCAACGCCCCCUUACCUCCUUCUGCCGUUAAGACCACAGUAUCUAAGCAAUCUCGCUGCAAAACAGUAUUUUUUGAAGAAUAAGGUAAAUAGGGACAACGCCCUCUAAAAUUCUAUCGAUAUGAACACAAUUCACAAUAGAAUGAGUUUCAAUUGGCUUUUAAGCGACCAUGAUCUGAGCUGAGCCCGCGCAGCAAAUACCAGCGCAACAUGAUGAUCUUCAACUGGCUGCACACGCUAGACGACCAGGCGCCC